UGUAGCGUCCAAGCAUUUUAUAGUCCGAUUUUUACAAAAACGACCACAAUGAAUACAUCGAAGGCGAAGCUGGACUUGCUGGCUGUUGGACAUAAGUUGGAUUGGCAUGGCAAUCGUGAUGGACAGAAGUCGGGGUGGUUGGAGUCUAUAAGAAUCAGUAAACAGGGAGACAUAACAACGAGUGGUCUCAAUGGCUGUGAUUACCAGAGCUUGGGAAACUUGACUUCGGAUCCACUCCACAGUUUCAAGCAACUUAGAACUGUGAGCAAAUCAGCAAAUCCGGAUGAGGUUGCGGAACAAUUGAAGCAAAGCAAUUGUCGCCACAAGAUGGGACUGUUUCCUGAAAUCGGAAGAGCUUGGCUGGCAAUCGAAUCGAAAAUCUAUUUGUGGACCUACGAUGGUGCUAUGGAUGUUACCCAUUAUGAUGAGUUGACGCACAAAAUUGAAUGCGUUUGCUUAGUGAGACCCAAAAAGGGGGUUUUUGUGGAGUCUGUUAAGUAUUUGUUGUUGCUCGCAACGUCCAUGGAAGUCACUGUAUUGGGGGUUACUUUCGGAGAAGAGAACAGCCAGUUGACGGAAACAGGAUUGCCCGAAAAUAAUGAAUGCCCCCAAAUGAAGCUAAUGGAGAGUCCUGUUUUCGUUCUGAGCAACCAUAAUGUCCCCAUAACUGCGAUGCAGGGGAGUCGGGAUGGACGCAUCUUUUUGGCUGGACGCGAUGGAUGCCUCUAUGAGUUUCAUUAUCAGUCGUCUUUUUGUUGGAUCGGCGGCAAACGUGGCAAAAUAAUUAAUCUAUCACAGAGCAUUGUCACUCAUUGGGUAUCAAGUUUUGUGAGAAUGUUCGCAGAUGUGGAUCCCAUCACAAGGAUUGCGAUUGAUAAUAGUCGUAGCUUGCUUUACACUCUGACCGAAAAUAGUGACAUCGAAGCGUGGGAUUUGGGCGAGGAUUAUACUAAGGUACGCAGAAUUGGCAAAAUCAACGAAUACUGUAUUGUCUGCCAAGCCGUUCAUGCGAUCAGAUGCCGUUUUAUCCAUGCGACAAUCUUUAGGUCCAUAAAAGCGAUUUGCCCUUUGAGUAUAGAGGAUGCAAAAAACUUAAACCUACUGGCAAUCACACAAAGCGGUGCGCGUUUGUACUUCUCCACGACAUCCCUAGAUGGUCAAAAGCAGACUCGGGGUUUAUAUUUGUUGCACGUUCGUCUCCCUCCCGGAUAUACAAGAAAUGCGACAACGACAAAGCCCAAAAAAGUGUACGCAGCACUUUAUAAGGGGGGCACAACAGUGCUGCUUAGUAGUGAGAAGCAGCAACUACUUUGGUCCGUGAGCGCAACAACCUUCACGGGUUUUCCAUAUUACGUGGAGUCUACGGAACUGGAAACACUGGAGGGAGUAACAUGGGAUUUGGCAACCUAUCAAGAUCCUUGCCAAGCCGCACACAACUCAUUCCUGAGGAAUAUGCGCCGUCCAAGCAAACUUGUGCUCUUAACUAAGGAGGGUACACAGAUCAUAGAGUUACUUAAGUCCACUGAUAUGCUGGAACAGCUGUUAUUGACUUCUGGGGGCCCCCAACACAAGGCGGUACAAAUGUAUUUUCGUACGCAAACGGAACGGGAGGCUUGCGCCUCGGCUCUAUUGCUGGCCACAUCAGACGAACAUGGGGGACGCGCAAUAGCCAGAUGGGCAACGGAAGCCUUUUUGGUUUACGGUGGCGAGCCCUGCCUACCAAUGACUCCUAUGGGCAGGCCCCAGAACAUCAUCGUUCUUUUCUCGGCCAAACAUGAUGGGCUAUAUCUGUAUAUAUCGCGUCUAUUACGCCCCAUCUGGCAACUGAAUUGCGUUGAUGACGAGCUAUGCUCUACACUAAGCCCUAACGAUUGCUCUCAGCUGCUGGAGGAGUUAAAGUCCUUGCGUACUUUUCUCGUAAUUCUAUCGGCUAUCGAUGUAAAUGGCCAAUCAACCAAUAGUUAUAUGUCUCUUAAGAUAAUGGCUAAUAAUCACAUUGUCGCAGAGAAGGCUCUACUAGAGGAAAUGCGUUCGCUCUCAGCCUUAAAUCAGUUCAUCAGACAUACUUCUGAGGUGAUCGCUUUGUGGAAACUUCUGCUGGAACAUCGGUUUCAAACACUAUGCCGGCAACUUAGUUGUGAUCAGCAGGCAAUUCUUCAGAGCUGCACAUUUCGAGACUUGCUGCUCACACGCUCCGAGGUGUAUACAUUUCUGAUAAUCUCGCUGGUGGAUCACUAUUUUAAGGACAGCACGAGUCUGAGCGAGGUUUCGAUAGGUUUGCGUGAAGUCUGUCCCAAUCUUUACCGACACGAAGAUGUCGUUAUUCAUAGAGCUACUGAAACACUCAUGAGGGCUAAAGUCUGUACUAAUGCCGUGGAAAAGGAUCACAAGCUACGCAUUGCUCUGCAAAUGUAUAAGGAUGCGGCCCCGUUCUUGCCGCUGCACAGCAUCUGUGAGGAAUUUAUAGUGGCGGGAUUUUAUGAGGGGGUUGUGGAACUUGUUGUUAUAUGCGCCGCCGAAAGUGAUCCAGACGAGUUGGGUAUACAGUAUUAUAACAAUGAUGAGUGUUCCAAGCAGAGCAAAGGCUACGAUCACUAUUGCAAGCGAAUGAGUUAUUAUAAGGAAGUGGAAUUAAUGUUAGAUCAUAUAAAGAGCAUUAAUCAGCCGCAGGAUAAAAAUGAGGAGCAUUUCUUCGAUUGCAGUUCUUCACUGAAUGUUAGCGUUGCGAAGGAGAGCUCUGUCACAAACAUAAUAUCACUAGUUUUGCCAUUUAAGGAUCCUCUACUGCAUGUCACGCUCUAUGAGUGGAUGCUCUCGCAGGAUAUGACUGAAGAGUUGCUGGCCAUAUCGGAGCAAACUCUAGGCGUCUAUCUGUGUCACAAGCUAAGUCGCAAUCCAGAAAGUCUAAGCUUAAUCGAACUGCUGUGGAAGUAUUACGAGAAAAAUGGACAACACAUGCGGGCAGCGCAAAUUUUAGGCAAAUUGGCCAUCUGCCAUCAAAAUAUAUCCUUAGAGGUGCGCAUUGAAUAUUUAAAACUUGCCAUUAUAUGCAUGCAGAAUGAGAAGGUUUGUUGCACCAAAAAGACGGAAAUAUUCCUAAAAGAACUGGAAAACAAAUAUGAUAUUGCGAGGCUUCAACUAUCCAUUUUAAACACCUUGCUGUUGAAAGCGCAAACGAAUCAGGCAGCGACUAUUGCGGUGAAUAAACUGAAUCAUCAGCUCUACAAUGUAGAGCAGCUAAAUCGGCAGUUCGCUAUACCCUUUCAUCUAGUGGAUUGCCAAGCGGCACUCUUUUAUUACACCCAUCAGAACGAUUCAAAACUCAUGGACACCGUAUGGCCGAGCAUGGACAGUAAAUAGGAAAGUUUCUCCUUCAAAAACUAACCGCCCAAUAAACCUGUGAGCAUAAGUCUAUCAAAAAUGUUUGCACAACACAGAGAGGGGCCGAAAACCACACGCGUCAGCGUUUGUUAGACAUAUGUACUAUAUAGUAUAUGUUUGUAAUUAGCAAGCAACAAAAUAACGAAGAAUACAUAAAUUGUUUGUUUACGAAAUGUCAACUAAAAUGUCAGCGCCAGCAGCAACAACAACAACAACAACAACAAUGAUAGACGAUGCUACAGAUAUACGUAACUAUGUACGAGUAUAUACAUACUUGUAUGUAUGUGAGAAGUCUCCCUGCUUAAUAUGUCGCAGUCACAUAUUUAAAUACAUUUUGCAGUAGUUUUUACAUAAUUGUUUAUACGCGAGUGGAGACCAAACAAUUCUCAAAAGUUGCGGGAACAAUGAAAGAUGGUGGAGAUAUGGAUGAAGUUUCAUAACAGUUUUAGGUCAAACCCGAUAAACCCAAGACGUAUUGAUGAACGAGAAGCGUCCUGAAGCCUAGUGGCCAGCAAAACAAAUUCUUCUGGCGAAUUCUAUUGCCACCUCUCGGAUUUUUAUAUUUUCAACCACUGCAGACAAAAGUCUUGCCAGACUUUGUAAUUUAGAAAGAAUAUCCGAAUAUAAAUAUUGCAAUUUGUUGUUAAUUGAAGAAAUAUGCAAAUAAAUUGGAAAACGUUU